CUCUCUACUAACGCCACCGAAAUCGCCUGCGCUGCCGUCCGCGCUGCCACAACGCCACAACACACACCUUUGGGCAUACCCAAAGAAAGACCGGGGCUGCAUGAGGCUUGACGUAUGGACUGCAGCAGUUGCUUUUUCUGUGCUUCCGCAAGAGACGUUGUCGGAGUUCGCAGUUGCCGGCCGUAGGCAAGGUUCUCUCGACGCUGGAGUGUUUCGGGUGCGACCGUCUUGUCCGUCAAGCAGCAGCUACAGGGGCAACAGCAACGGCGACGUGGCUGCCACUGCGAUGGACAGAAACAUAGCAAAACAUCACGAAGCGGGCCCUCCAAGAAUAAGCAGCGAAACCACCCAGUCAAAACAUGUAGCGCCCGCUGCAGCGGCAGCCGGAGCAGCAGCGACGACGGGACGAGCAGGGGAAGCUGAAGCAUCCAGAGCAGCAGAAGCAACAGCGGCAGGAGCACCGAUGGCGGAGGGGGCAACGCGGUUCGAGCGUGGAGGGGCGGCAGUGACGGAAAGUCGUGGGAGAGGGAGGGGGAUGCCGUCAGUAACGCUGAAGUUGGCGAUGGACCGAAACGGGGCUGUUGACGACAUGUCGGAGGGUCCCAAGAGAUUCACAUCGCCGGCGUCUCUCGAUGCGGUACACCGUAUCCGUCGAGAUUGUGAGGCCGUUCUCGUGGGCGUGGGCACCGUAGUACGCGACGACCCAUCCCUCACGGUCCGCAGGGUGCCCCUCAAUGGGGGGCAAACAAGGCAGCCAACGAGAGUUGUACUGGACCGCACUCUCCGCCUGACUGGGGCUCAAGCUGGGCAGAACCCACGCGCCAUCUUGCGAGACGGGCACUCCUCGUUGGUUUUCUACUCUGCCGGCUGCGAGGACACCGAAGCGAGGGCUGCUGAGCUCAAAGCGGAUGUGAAGCGGUCACGAACCGCCGUCUCAGACUCCCCUGGGGAAACUGAACCUGACACGUCUCAUCAGAAGUUAGCACCCGUCGACUUCGUCGGGAUGCCCGUGCAGCGUCCGGGGGCGGGUGUCGAUCUCUCCGGCGUGUUGGGGGCGUUGUUAGAGCGAGGGAUAGACCACGUCCUGGUGGAAGGCGGGCCUAGCGUGGCGAGGGGUUUCCUUUCAGAGAGGCUCGUUGACAGGGCGAUUAUCAUUCGGGCUCCUAUGGAGUUUGUCCGGCCCGUCCCCUCGGACAUAGCGACAGACACCCUGCGAAGGGCCGGGUUAGAGCUCGUUGGUUGCACCAAGUGGGGAGACGACGAAGCGGAGUGUUGGACUCGACCGGGGCUUGGCUGGCCCGGGGGGGGGGUCGGCAGUUGGCCCUGAUGUUCCUCCUG